AUGCUUUCUCUUAGUGACUACCUUUUCAAGCUUCUGCUGAUUGGAGACUCUGGUGUCGGGAAGUCAUGUCUGCUGUUGCGUUUUGCUGACGACACCUAUACUGAAAGCUACAUCAGCACGAUAGGGGUUGACUUCAAAAUCAGGACUAUUGAAAUGGACAGGAAGAUAGUUAAACUGCAGAUUUGGGAUACGGCUGGUCAGGAGAGAUUUCGCACUAUUACCUCCAGCUAUUACCGAGGGGCGCAUGGGAUUAUCAUUGUAUAUGAUGUUACUGACCAGGAGUCCUUCAACAACGUAAAGCAGUGGUUGGAGGAGAUUGAUCGCUAUGCAUGUGAAAAUGUCUCAAAGUUGCUGGUGGGGAACAAAAGUGAUUUAACUUCAAAAAAGGUGGUGGACUUCACUACAGCAAAGGAAUUUGCUGAGACACUUAAAAUCCAAUUCCUUGAGACAAGUGCAAAGAAUGCAAGCAAUGUGGAGAAGGCAUUUUUAACGAUGGCCUCUGAAAUCCAGAAGCGAGUCGUGGAAGACAACGUUCAGAACGAGACAGUCAAAGUUGGAAAAAUCAAUAGUGCUCCUCUGUGGCAUGGAGCUCAGAAAGCAACGGCUGAGGAGGUCAACACUUGCUGUUAGUGCUAACGGACUGGAGUAUGUUCAGGGGAUUUACAUAUUUAAAAAGAAUAUUUUGUGGACUAAUUGUAUUUCACAAUUUAUAUUGAUUGAUGUUUUAAGUCUCUUUAUGAAUUAAUAUGCUGUAAACCUCCUCACUGUGUUGCAUACUGUUUUGAAGGUCCUAAGUGUCAGAUUAAACAAGUAUAGUAAUAAUGAUGGACACAGAUAUUUAGCAAACACAUUAUUUUAAAGAGUGAAAUAUUAGUUUAUUGCUUAUAAAUGAUAACUAAAACACUAAAAUCCAUAUUAUAUCAUUCUAAUGAAUUUGCGCAUUUAAUAUACAGUAUAUUUACCCCCUCACUCUCUAUCUUAAACUGCCAGGACUCGUCAUAAGAUCCAGAUUUCUAUUCCUCACUCUCAUAACUACAUACAGUUGUGCUCAUAAAUUUACAUUUGCAUGAUCUGCAAAAUGUUUUUGUUUUAAUAAGAGAGAUCAUUAAAAUUGCUUUUUAUUUUUUAUUUCAAACUGCCCUGAAUAAGCUAUUUCACAUAACAGAUGUUUACAUAUAGACCACAAGACACAAUAAUAACUGUAUUUACACAAAAGAACCCGUUCAAAAGUAUACAUACCCUUGGUUCUUAAGACUUUGUUUUGUGAAAGUUGUUCAUGAGUCCCUUGUUUGUCCUGAGCAAUUAAACUGCCCACUGUUCUUCAGAAAAAUCCUCCAGGUUCUGCACAUGCUUUACUUUUCCAGCAUCUUUUGCUUAUUUGACCUCUUUCCAGCAGUGGCUAUAUUAUGUUUAUAUCCAUCUUUUCACACUUAGGACAAUUGAGGGAUUCAUACAAAGCUAUUACAUAAGGUGCAAACAUUCACUGAUGCUCAAGAAGGCAACAGGAUACAUUAAGAACAGGAUGAUAUGUACACCGAUCUUCCUGUUCAAAAGUUUACACCCCCUGGCUCUUAAUGUAUAUAAAGGUAUGUAAUCUUUUGUACUUGUUCAUUUGUAUAAAUUCGGUUAUUAUUGUGCCUUGUGGGACUAUAUGUAAACAUCUAUGUGAAAUAGCUUGUUCUCGGCAGUACGAAAUAAAAAACAAAAUGCCAUUUUUAUGAUCCCUCUGAUUUUAUUAUUUUUUAAUUAUUAACAUUUUGCAGAUUCUGCAAUGUUAUGUAAAUUUAUGAGCACAGCUGUACAAUUUCUAUUAGUUUCACUGUAUUCUAGUAGAAAGUAAGUCAUUGAAUAAUUUAUUUAUGAUACUGUAAAUAACUUUAUAAGCUGGGCCUUUAAGAAGUUAAACAAGAAAUGGUGUUUUUGACU